CGCGCAGGCGCCGGCGGCCGUGGCGGGGCGCGAACGAGUGGCCGCGGGCUGGGGAGCCUCUGGACGCUGCCGGCGCUGGACCUGCGGUCCUGUUCCGUCCGGCCGGGUCGCGGUGCGCGGGCCGCUCGGAUCCCGGGAAGACGUGAGUGCGCGGCGGGGCUGGAAGCGGAGCAUCCCGUAAAGACACGAGCAGAAGUAUCAUGUCUCAGGAAGGUGAUUAUGGGAGAUGGACGAUAUCCAGCAGUGAUGAAAGUGAGGAGGAGAAGCCCAAACCGGACAAGCCGUCUACCUCUCUCCUCCAUGCUGGGCAGGAAGCAGCCUGUGAGCCAAGGUACACCUGUUCCGAGGCUCGGAAAGCCGCCCACAGGAGGAAGGUGUCACCCCUGAAAUUCAGCAACACAGAUGGGGUUUCAGAAGUUUCACCUCCCAAGAAGCACAAGAGUGGUUCCCAGGAAGACCUGGGCUGGUGUCUCUCCAGCAGUGACGAUGAGCUGCCACCAGAGACGCAGCUGACGGCGGCUGAGAAAGUGGCCCUCAAAGAGGAGAAAGGCGUCUCCCCUCCCACACAAAGUGCCGCCCCAAGGGCUGGAAGUCAUGGCCCUCCUGCCCGCCCCACGCUCACAGAGGACGAAGACGAGUACGAAACGUCCGGGGAAGGCCAGGACAUUUGGGACAUGCUGGAUAAAGGGAACCCCUUCCAAUUCUACCUCACUAGAGUCUCAGGAAUUAAGCCAAAGUAUAACUCCGGAGCCCUCCACAUCAAGGAUAUUUUAUCUCCUCUAUUUGGGACACUUGUAUCUUCAGCACAGUUUAACUACUGUUUUGACGUGGACUGGCUCGUAAGACAGUAUCCACAAGAGUUCAGGAAGAAGCCGAUCCUGCUGGUGCAUGGCGACAAGCGAGAAGCUAAGGCUCGCCUGCACGCCGAGGCCAAGCCUUAUCAGAACGUUUCCCUCUGCCAGGCAAAGUUGGAUAUUGCAUUUGGAACACACCACACGAAAAUGAUGCUCCUGCUAUACGAAGAAGGCCUCCGGGUGGUCAUACACACCUCCAACCUCAUCCGUGAAGACUGGCACCAGAAAACGCAAGGAAUGUGGGUGAGCCCCUUGUACCCACGAAUGGCCCAUGGCACCCAUGGGUCUGGAGAGUCGACAACACAUUUCAAAGCCGAUCUCAUCAGCUACCUGAUGGCCUAUAACGCUCCUCCCCUCCAGGAGUGGGUAGAUGUCAUCCACGCCCACGAUCUCUCCGAAACCAACGUUUACCUCAUUGGAUCAACCCCAGGACGCUUCCAAGGAAAUCAGAAAGAUAACUGGGGGCACUUUAGGCUUCGGAAGGUCCUGAAAGAGCACGCCUCGUCCAUACCUAAGGCCGAGGCUUGGCCCGUCGUCGGCCAGUUCUCAAGCAUUGGCUCCAUGGGGGCUGACGAAUCCAAAUGGUUGUGUGCUGAAUUCAAAGAGACCUUGGUGACCCUGGGGAAGGAAAGCAGGGCCCCCGGGAAAAGCGCUGCUCCCCUCCAUCUGAUCUAUCCUUCUGUGGAAAACGUGCGGACCAGCUUAGAAGGGUAUCCAGCCGGGGGCUCUCUUCCCUAUAGCAUCCAGACAGCGGAAAAGCAGAACUGGCUUCAUGCCUACUUCCAUGAUUGUGUCUUUCCUGUCACUAGCAAAUGGUCGGCUGAGACAUCUGGCCGCAGCAACGCCAUGCCACAUAUCAAGACAUACAUGAGACCCUCUCCAGACUUCAGUCAGAUCGCGUGGUUCCUUGUCACAAGCGCCAACCUGUCCAAGGCCGCCUGGGGAGCGCUGGAGAAGAACGGCGCCCAGCUGAUGAUCCGCUCCUACGAGCUCGGGGUCCUUUUCCUCCCGUCGGCAUUUGGCCUGGACAGCUUCAGGGUGAAGCCUAAAUUCUUCUCGGGCAGCCAGGAGCCAGCAGCGUCCUUCCCUGUGCCGUACGACCUGCCUCCGGAACUGUAUGGAAGCAAAGAUCGGCCGUGGAUUUGGAACAUUCCUUAUGUCAAAGCCCCAGACACACACGGGAACAUGUGGGUCCCGUCCUGAGGGGUGAAGCUCUGUGAACCCUGAGUGUUUGACGUGGAGCCCCAAACACUGGAGUCCUUGUUGGUACUGGGUGUUCGCGUCCCUCAAAGUGUCUCUGUACCCCUGGGAACUCGGCAGACGUCACUCGUGGAACAUGGAUGUUGGUCAUAGUUGUUGUAUUUGUUAACACUUCUCACUAAAAAAAAAAAGUUCUAUUUUCUUAAUUCCCUUUUCUAUGCUGUACUCUGGAAUGAGAGCUAUUAAACUUCACAGUGUGAAAAGAACAUGUAGAUA